AUGCCCGGCGUCCCCUCAUGUAAGGGGUGUGUUGCUUGUUCCAAACAGAAGAAAAAGUGCGACCAGGCGAAGCCGGCUUGUUCGCGAUGUCGUCGCCUACAGAUCCCAUGCGUAGGAUCCGGUGUGCAGCGAUUUAAGUUUGUAGAAGCCGCAGGCUCCGGCAGCAGCUCUCACUCCACUACUUCUCUCAGCAUUCGGUCAUCAGUCUCGCGGAGCCCCAGCAACGACUGUACGAUUGCAAUCGCAGACUUUACUCACAGACUUGACGUCAAGGAUUUGAGAUAUGAUCUGUGUUGGUCGUAUGGUGAAAUUCUCAACGAGAUUCCAAAAAGGCUGGGUACAAAUGCAGCCUUGGAUGCCUCUGCUGCUGCGCUUUCAUCGGCGAUGUCUGGGCUGAGCGUCGGUCGAAUGUCAAAUGAGACAUAUUCCAAGUUUGGUCAGGCUGUCAAGGCUCUCCGGCUAUCCUUGGCGGAUCCUGCCUUUGUCUACACUCCAGAGACCCUUUGUGCUAUAUUCCUGAUAUGGAUUUGCCAGAGCUGGUUUGGCGAAGCAGACAAUAUGGUUGGCCAUGGCCCAGGCAUAGUACGCAUAUUAUCCGCUGCAAAUGUAAGCAAGGAAAAUCCCGACGAAUUUGAACAGCUUUUGUUCCUCACAAUCGCAGGCCCAGUGGCCUACGAAAGCAUAUAUGACUCAAAGGCGCACCUCAACCCAUGGCUGAAAUCUUUCGUCCUCGCUAAAGAACAAGCUGGUCUCGCUGAAUCCAAGAGUGAUGAAGAGUUCCACGGGCCAAAACGUGUCCAGCGCAUGGGAUUUCUGUCUUGUCUCGUCCACCUACCAGCCUUUUUACAGUACGAUCCAGCCCAACAACCCAAAGUCCAAGAUGCCUACGACAGCCUUCAUACGACAACGCAGUUGGUCGAAGACAAAUACGACCAAGCAAUCGCCGCCAUGCACUCUGCCAAAACGCCAGAUACCGUUCGAGGAUUCGCCCUCUACCAGAAGUCGUACGCCUUGUAUCUCUCAUUCGAACUUAUCCUCGUUGCCCUUCUGCACGUCUACGAUCCGUACAAUGCAUCCCUGAGCGAGAAGUCGAGUCAACUAUGCGAGCAGAUCAUUGAGCUCUGUAUUCAAGGCUCUGUUUGGAGGCCUCUGGGGUCGGGGUGGAUUACCAUAUGUCUGGCGAGUACGUGGGUUGCCGUCACAGACCCCGCUCAGAGGCCGUCGAUUGAUACCGCUUGGUCCAUAUGCUGGCCAUAUGGGGCCACCCACUCGUUGACUGAUGCCCGCUGUCUAUUCAGCAACGCUUUCGAUCGGAUGAGAAUGACGGCGUGGGGCUCCACUACCACACCGCCUCCACUGUCGUCUGCGUUGAUCGAGUGGGAUUCUUUUUUCGAUUGUGCUGACUUCUCAGUACGAGAGGAUAGCUGCGUGGGUUCUCGGUGGCUCGAUUGA